AUGUCAUUAUUGAUUGGUGCCGGUAAUUCGAAUAUGCCACAACCCGGUACAUCAUUUAAUGAGCUACCAAUCGUUAACCAUAAUCAGUUUCCUGAAUCGAUCAAAACUACCGCUAUCGCCAUUACCAAAAACAGCAACAAUAACAGAAAUAUCAACUUCAGAUAUCAUGAUAGUAACGGUGAAGCAAUAGCAAUGCUUACCAAUUAUGAGGCUGGUAGUGAUGAUAUGUCACCACAAAAUUUUCGACCUAAUCACCAGAAUGAUAAUGAUAUGAACUCACAGGAGGAGCUGGCAUCAAUACCACGUAAAUAUGAAUAUUAUUUCAUGCCGAAUAAAUCACAAGUAUUAUUUUACUUCAGCGAUGCAUCAUUACUAAGGAUCCGAAGGGCUGGAACUGAAUUACAGGUAACCGAUUCUAUCGAUUUUCCGUUGUUUGAUAUUUGGGAAGAAGUAAACUGUGAUAAAUCAACUAUGAUUUUGGAAUCGUAUGGCAGAACAGUAUUAUUAGUUUCGAGAAGUUUAGCUGCCGGAUGCAUUUCUGGAAAUAAGUCCGAACCACCUUUUGUUGCUGUAAAUGAUUGGAACGGUGAUUUAUUUGGUUAUUUUGUGCCUGGUGAUCCAUUUCUGAUAGAAAACAGUGAUAAACAAACGAUAGCAAAAAUUUUAGCUGCUGAAAAUACAUAUGGAAGAGUUACUGCAUGGGUAUGUGUAUUAGAAGGAUCAGGUCAAGAAAUGGCUCGAAUGGAGGAGUACAGUACGAUUUAUUUUAUAAAGAAUGUCGGUGGCUUCCAGUUGAAAUUACUAGUCUUAGCUGCAUUUGCUCGUUUAACUGUUUCGGAAUUUGUCCGAAGUCAAUCCUGUUGCAGUUCUUUUCUUUCAAUGUUAUUCCGCUGUUAA